AUGAGGGGGACCAUCCCGUACAGCUAUGCUGAUCUGCGCUGGUGCCAUUGCGUUUCUGGGCCAUUGGCGAAGAACGAUGUGUGCGAUAUGGGACUUGAUCCUGCACGACGAGCAGCAGCUCUGGUGGAGGCGAUGACCAUCCAAGAAAAACUCGUCAAUUUGGUCGAUCAUAGUCAAGGUGCACAAAGACUUGGUCUACCUAAAUACGACUGGUGGAGUGAGGCUUUACAUGGCGUAGCUUUCUCACCUGGUGUCAAUUUCUCCAAUGCUGGAGAAUUUUCAUCUGCGACUUCGUUCGCAAAUCCCAUCACCAUCUCCGCAGCUUUCGACGAUGACUUGGUUGAAAAGAUAGGGCUCGUGAUAGGCGCCGAAGCCCGCGCCUUUGGUAAUGCAGGACGUGCUGGCAUCGACUUCUGGACUCCGAACAUCAAUCCAUUCAAGGAUCCUCGCUGGGGACGAGGCCUAGAGACUCCCGGCGAGGACCCACUCCGAAUCGCGAAGUACGUUAAACACCUCCUGAAAGGCAUGGAAUGGGCCAGCCAGGACCCAGAUAUCGUCGGCAAACGGCAGAUAAUCGCAACAUGCAAGCACUUUGCCGCCUACGAUCUCGAGAGAUGGAAAGGCGUGGUUCGAUAUGCGUUCAAUGCUAUCGUAUCUUUGCAGGAUCUUGUCGAGUAUUAUCUUCCACCAUUCCGGCAGUGCGCUCGGGACUCGAACGUCGGAUCGAUCAUGUGUUCGUACAAUCGAGUCAAUGGUACUCCAGCUUGUGCGAAUGAAUAUCUGAUGCAGACUGUACUGCGAGAACAUUGGAAUUGGACGAAACAUAAUAACUACGUCGUCAGUGAUUGCAACGCUGUCCACAACAUCUACGCGGACCACAAGUGGGUCAAAACAGCUGCUCAAGCUGCUGGUGCUGCGUUCAAUGCAGGGACAGACAAUGUAUGUGAAGCGGGCGGUUGGUCGACUGAUGUUAUUGGUGCCUACAACCAGUCAUUGCUCAGCGAAAAGGUCAUUGACAAUGCCCUGCGGCGUCAAUACGAGGGACUCAUUCGCUCCGACUAUUUCGCCAGGUUCAGGGACGAUGUUGUUGGGUUUCGUGCGUAUGGUUGGGAGACUGUCAAUACAGAGACUGCACGAAACCUUGCUCUUAGCUCUGCAACAGAUGGUGCUGUUCUUCUCAAAGACAAUGGCCUACUUCCAUACAGAUUCAAGCCCAAUCAGACAAUUGCUGUCAUUGGCAUGUGGGCAAACGAUACUAGGACGAGGAUGCUGGGAAACUACAAUGGAAGACCUCCUUUCUAUCGCACACCACUUGAGGCUGCGCAAAGGCGAGGUUUCAAUGUCAAAUUCGCAGACGGGCCAGUCGCCAGCGGUGGCUCCUAUUCUCCCAUGCUCGAUGCUGCCAAGGCUGCCGAUAUCGUGUUGUACUUCGGCGGAAUCGAUGUCUCGAUCGAGUCUGAGGAUCUAGAUCGUACAAGUAUUACUUGGCCAGCAGCGCAGCUCGCGUUUCUCAAUGACGUCGCUAAGGUUGGGAAGCCAAUCGUUGUUGUGCAGUUAGGCACUUCGGUCGACAAUACACCACUGCUAGAGAAUAAGGCCAUCAAUUCCGUUCUUUGGAUGGGAUACCCGGGAAUGUAUGGAGGAGACGCAGCGUUCGACAUUAUAUCUGGCCUAAAGGCACCAGCAGGCCGUCUUCCAGUUACUCAGUAUCCUGGUGCUUAUGCUGACCAGGUGCCCAUGACGGACAUGUCUCUUCGGCCCAGUGCCAUCAACCCAGGCAGGACAUACAAAUGGUAUGACGGCGCUGUCCAGGAGUUCGGCUUCGGUCUUCAUUAUACCAAGUUCUCCGUGGGAUUUGGUAAUACAAGCGGCGGCCAAAGUUCAAGUUCACAAGAUGUGCAGGUCUUCCAAGUGUCCCAGCUUGCUGAGUGUACGCUUCCACACAAGGACCUUUGCAAAUUCCCUUCAAUUCCCAUCUCCGUGACCAACAAUGGAAAUAUUACUUCGGACUUUGUCGCCCUUGCAUUUGUUUCUUCGGAAGCUGGCCCCUCUCCACAUCCAAUCAAGGAGCUUGUUGGCUACGAGCGACUGCGCGGCGUGAAACCGAAUGAGCGGAGGAAUACAGAGCUGGAUUUCACUUGGGGUGACUUUGCUAGAGUCGAUGGUUCUGGCAACACUAUCAUCUAUGCUGGUGUCUAUUGCUUGGCUUUGGAUGUACCUGAGCAGAGUCGACUAUGUUUCGAGAUUCAAGGAGAAGAUGUGGUGUUAGAUGAGUGGCCUCAGCCAAGAGCCGUCAACACAACCAUAGUGCGGUAGAGACAAUGC